CCUGCCGCAUGUAGCGCGCGAGGACGCUGUUUACAAACAGCCGUAAGUCCCGCGUUUCGUGCCAGCCUAGCUUGUUCUGCGGGGGAAGCAGUCGGAGGAUGGACGCUGAAAAGUCUCGGCCCUAUUUCUUUGGCGACAUCGGCUGCUGGGCGGAGCGAACAGAGGUGCACAAGGCAGCGUCGCUCGGCCAGGCCUCCCAACUGGAGGAGCUCAUUCAGGGCGGAGCCUCGGUCAACAUGGUGGCCGUGGAUUCCAUCACACCGCUGCACGAGGCGUGCCUCCACGGACAGGCCAAGUGUGUGCAGCUGCUGCUUGAGGCUGGAGCUCAGGUGGAUGCAAGGAAUGUGGAUGGAAGUACCCCGCUGUGUGAUGCCUGUUCAGCUGGGAGUUUGGAGUGUGUGAGGCUUCUGCUGCAGUACGGUGCCAAGGCGAACCCUGCCCUCACCUCCCGCACAGCCUCACCCCUGCACGAGGCCUGCAUGGGAGGAAACUCUGAGUGUGUGAAGCUGCUGAUUUCCAUGGGAGCUUGUCUCGAGGCGUAUGACCUUUACCACGGCACCCCGCUGCACGCGGCCUGUGCUAACGAGCACACGGACUGUGUUAGAGAGCUGCUCAAUGCAGGCGCUAAAGUGAACGCCGCCAGGCUGCACGAGACUCCGCUGCACCACGCUGCUAAAAGCAUGCGGGUGGAGACGAUCGAGAUGCUGGUGGAGUUUGGAGCCAACAUCUACGCUCGAGAUCAACACGAGAGGAGACCCGUGGACUACACCACGCCGGGCUCUCCCUCUGCAGCCUGCCUACAGUCUUAUGAGACCUCUCCUCUGAGUCUGCAGCAGCUCAGCAGGUUGGCAGUGAGGAGGAAGCUCGGCACCAGGGCUCUAAAUGUCAUAGGCCAGCUGGAGGUCCCUAAACUCAUCACCAGCUACCUCUGCUAUCAGUGAGCGCCACCUGCAGGAGGAGCCGACCGGCGCUCAAAGGACUGGAAACUGCACAGCACUGUGUUAAAUAUGAGCACAGCUGGCACAGCUCUGGAGCUGCUGCCUGAGAUUCCUUUAGUUUAAGAGCCCUGCCAUGCACACACUGCAGCAGCUAUUGCACUCGGCGUGUUCAGGCUGUGUGAUCGCAUUAGUGCUGCUGUAAGAUGAGAUGUUUUUAAAGAGCAGAGUAACACUGACUUUCACUUGGCUUGCUCUCUAACACACACACACACACACACACACACACACACACACACACACACACACUGAACACAUGUUCUUUGCUUCUGUCUCGUUUGCAAAGCUAGUUUAAACGUGUGUUGAACGUGGACAAAAUAUGUGGAUGUUGACUCUGAUGUUGUGACAUCACCACCUGUUAACAGGAAGUGUUUAAAUGCACAGUGUCUGUGCUGUAAAUGCCUUUAAUGCUGCUGAAAACACACGAUACACGUUUAAUGUUUGGUUUCUAUGCUGGUCGACAGUUUGUGAGUCUGAGAGGAAGCACAAAGCAGCAACACACUGCUGCACUGCACGUCUUUGGGUAUGACCUCGAGUCGGGAGGAAACGAGAGUGAUGUUAGUCCCGCAGCUACUUUAAAAUAAGCUCAGCACUUCACUCUCUGCAUGUGAUGCGUUUAGUCGACUGGCAGUGAUGGCAGGGACAGCGAGUGGAAACGCAACAGCAGCUUUUCUAUCUGCUCAUGUUAACACAAGCAGCACUGACAGACUCGCCUCCUACAGUAGCUUCUGUUAUCAGAGACGGCGGCUCUCACACCUUCUCUUUGACUUUGUUAGUUAGAUGAUGUGUGGGGGACUUGUUUGCCAGCGACUAAUCUGAGUCCUAAACAGCUUCAUGAACAGUCUGUCUACCUCCAGAGCAGAGUGUGCUUCCAAUCCAUGACUGUGUAAGGCUGUUUAUUUUUAACUGGAAACGACGCUCAGGAAGACGAGAUGUUGCUUUUGGAAGCAGCUAAUGGUUUCUGGAUCAAACGCUGGAUCUGCUGGGACAGCGCAGCACAGACUCAAAGUAUGAAAUGAUGAAGUGGGGCAUGGCGUGCAAAGGAAAGAAAGCUUCUCGUAAGAGGAAUACCAAGCAAGUCUGCUGUCAGGGCUGCAGCGUGAAACUCUGCAGAUGCUCCCUGCUGGUGCAGUUCCAGGAGACGCUGAUCCUGGUCACUUAUUUAUAGCCGUGAGACAUUUAUUCCAUUAAAUCUGCUCCACAGGCGACGCACUGAGCCCUGUCAGGUCGUAAUAUUUUUAACAGGAGGCACAGGAAGCUGGUAUGAAUUCCUUCAAGUUCUUUAUAUUGUUUCUUUUCCCUGUCUGGCAGUUAUUAACUGUGAUUUAUCCUUGGAAAGGGAGUCAGGCCACAGGCCUCUCUUUAGCAGUGUUACUGGAUUAUGUGUCUGUAAAUACCUGCAGCACAUUCUUAAUAAUAAUAAUAUUAAUGGUCUUAAUGAUCAGCCAAACGUCUCGGGAACCGUUUAACUUCUGGGUGGUCUCUGAUGAAGCAGUCGUUGUUUUUAACACCACUGCUGAUCUCACAAAGACACCAUAUUCACAAAUCACAACUGUCACUGACUCGUGCUCAGGUUACAUCACCUACAGAGAGUGGACGCACAUCUGUGACCUCACACUGCUGCAGAAGCGCUUCACAGCUGGAUUCUGUUGAGUGACCACUGGGUGGUGAUGAGUGUCACACUCUGUGCUCUCUGAUCUACGUCCACACUGAUGCAUGCUUUUCUCUCUGUUUUGGCCUCCCGUCCACACUGAGACGCCGUUUUCGCUCAAGGAAAACGCAGCGGUUUGAAAACGCAGCAUUUUGCGUCGCAGUGUGGACAGCGCAAACGUAGACUUUCUAAAACAAUGACGCAUUUUACUCUGUGAAAACGCAGGGUGGACGCAGAGCGUUGUCAAAUCUAUCUGGGCUAAUGUGGAGGUGGUACAAACAUUCAUGUGUGGGCUCAGGGACGUCUCUCAGUUUCAGGCAGGUACACUCCUCUCGUCACAUUCACCAGCAGACGGCGUCUUUGUGACUGGGUAACAUGGUGGCUCCGCCCUUUAUAGUUUCCAUACUUGCAACUAUUCCAUUUGAAAAUAACAGCAGCAGCAAGCCCGAGUCACACAGGUCGCUCUGCAAACUCCCGUUUGCCAGGGAAAAUGUGGAUCCCACACCCAGCUGCCCAGUAGGCGCUACUGUGAAACUGGCUGCAAAGAUAGUUAGUUAGUUAGUUAGUUAGUUAGCAAAUGUUGGUAUUUUCAUCCAAACUACAAGGAAGUUCCUGGUGGAGCCUCCAUCACAAACCCAACAGCCACCCGUGAGCUGGUUGGAGAAUCUUUUAUUGAGGAGAAAACAAGCAGACGGUUUCAUGCCGAGGUUAGUUUAUGUUGUGUGUAAGAAGCGACUCGACCAUUCGAUUGGCUCCUGUAAUGCCUCCUCUCACUGACAUAAUACAUUUCCAUGUCGCAGUGCUUCAUGUUAUAGCCUGAACCACGAGAACUCGCCUCUUUUCUUCCUCGCACACCUGAUGACAUGAAGGAUCAACUGUGUGCACGUGCGGCCUGCUGACAUCACCCUUCAGUGUUUUAGCUUCUCCUCGCUGCUGUCUUCAGCUGCCAGCCGGCACAGUUACCUUGCCCAGCUUUAAAGAGCACGGGGCGUCUGUCAGCGCUCGUGCAGAUCAGCACCUGCUGUGUUGCCUGUUGGUCUGACAGCUUCAGCAAGAAUUCAGAACCAAUAUUUCAUAGUUCAUGCCUUCAUCCAAAUCUCUGUUCACUCCCUCGUUUGGCCAAACGUGAGCGGGCUUCACGAUGCUGGCCUGCUGUCAUAAAUACGCACGCUGUAAAAAGUUAAUCAAAAUCUAGAUUCCUAGAAACGUACCAUGUCAGGCUGUUACUCAUUUGAAAGAAAUGCAGCCGGGGUCAUUGUAACGUCAGCCUGUAAAUGGUUUGGAAGCACAGCUCUCACGGAGCGCUGCCUUCAACAGCAAAUCAAAUCCUCUGCUUCAGGCUGAAAAUAACUACUAUGAAAUGUGUUUGGUGUCAAAGGCUUGGGCUGAAGAACGACACGAGGGCAGCGCCCAGCUACUGAAGAUAAGAAGCGUCUCUCAGUCCAUAACAGAGCUUUGAAAGCAAAGCUUGCUGUAGACAGCAUUUCUUUUCUGCUGAUUGAACAGAUGCAGUUCUCUCUCAAGCACUGAUUAAAAUCCUGAUCAAUAACACACAACGUGUCCUCAGUAUCCAUGUUGUUAAACUGCUCUGCAUGUGAUGAAUAAACUUAAAGUGCACUAAC